AUGGGGCAAAAACGGGCCUGCGAUGCCUGCCAUAAAAGAAAGAUUCAUUGUGAUGCUCCUAUAGCAGACGCGCAAUGCAACUGGUGCGACCAUCACAGCCUAACAUGUACCUUCAAUCGGGUAAGAGGGAAAAGGAAGCUCCAGAAAGCCAAGCCAAGCCUCGGGUCAGAGAAGAAGUUGGUUGAGCGCCUUGAGCGCCUCGAGAACGCCUUGGCAAGGGUCAUCGGCCUCGGAAACAGCAUAGACCCCUCCUCGUCUUCUGCUGCUGGUUCCACAAUGACACCCCCAUCCAUGAAAGCCCAGGCACCGGAUGAAUGCUUCGCGAGCCUUGGGGAACAGUUUGCCGCUUACGAAUCAAACCAUCCUUUGUAUAUUGAAUCCCCUAGCGCGCUGAGCACCAGCAACAUCUCAAAUGGACAGAUUCACCUUGCAGGAUGUCCCCUGGGUCACAUCACCUGUCACAAUGGGAUGCCGCUGUUCUCCGAGGAAGGCCAGGCGUGGAUUUUCUCCCGAACUGGCGAGGCGACAACAUUUCAGAAACUGAAAGCCUUCAACAAGCAUCAGCAAGUCCAACCACCCACCUUGUCACUCUUGCACCUCCGCGGCUCUCUCGAGCAGCGUUAUGAGUUACCAGACAGGAGCAUCGUUGAACAGGGGAUAUAUUGGUUCCAAAAUUCUGCGUUUAGACUGGUGUUUCCUGCAAUUGACACUGUUCUCUUCCAGGACAGCGUCAACUUGGCCUAUGAGCCCUGGGAGGGACCGCUGUCUCUAGAACGCAUUAGCGCUAAAGGCUGUGUGUUGGCCUUUCUCGCCAUCAUGUGCGUUUUCAAUGGGGAUUCGACAUGGCGCCCCAUUGUGGAUAGCGAUGCAUGUGCUAUCAAAGCGCACUAUUUACUAUCCAAUAUGGUCGAGGACGCCAGUAUAGUGACCCUCCAGACCGUUUUCAUGCUGCACAUGCAUCAAAUAUUUUCUGGCCGCUUACAAUCUGCCGCUAUGCUACAUGCGGUUGCCUGCCGCAUCAUCUUCAUGCUCGGCGGACAUACGCAGACGAAUUUCAAGCCCUACGGAGCAGAAAUCACUCGCAAGCAGCGAGAGAUCCGUCAUCUCCGCAUGAUCUUCUGGCUCUGUUACAUCUUCGAUCAGGACACUGCGUUACGGACUGGCCAACCCCCCAUCAUGUGCCAAGAACACUGCGACCUCACGCUGCCGGACGGAUACCUGGAAAAUUGCUUUUGUCUUCCAGCCUUGAGCAACGACAUAGUGUCCCCUUCAUUUGCGGACGAGAGCCUGUUUCCAUAUCUUCCUGGAGACUUACGUCUUGGUCAAUUGAAGGGAAAGGCUUUUCGACUACUCUACUCGGUUCAGGCCCUCGGGAAGUCUGACGCUGAACUACUCCGUGAUAUCCGUGAGCUGGACAAUGAGAUUGAGACUUGGCGGUUAUCUAUUCCACUCAAAUUUCGCCCUGCGCUCUCAAUUUCUCAACAUCCGCGUUUAGUACCAGAAAUCAAGUUACCACAGAGCAUGCAACACAUCGCUUUGCGGUUGGAGUACCAUCAUCUCAUGGCCACCAUUCACCGAGCAAGUGGCAGGUGCUACCCUAUUAGUCCAGACGCGAGCUUUCAUGAAGGAGAGAGAAGCAGCGCUAUUGACUCAAGCCUAGCGCUGGCCUUGGAGGCGAGUCGAUCGACUCUGUAUUAUCUUCAAGCAGCGAUUGAUGGACUUGCGGGCGAAGCCUUUUGGAUCAUUGUCUUCUAUCCCACAGCCGCAAUAAUGACUUUAUUCUUCAACGUUCUCCUGAACCCGCUUGACACGCAAGCAAAUCUCGAUCUGGGGCUUCUUAGCUCCGCAGCGGAUCUCAUCAGAAGCAUGCCGAUACGGAGGCUAACACGAUACGAAAUUGAACACCUCAAGAUGGUGGAUGAUUUUAUAGCAGAGUUGAUACGGCUGGGUAAUUGCGCGAUUUCCAAAGCAAAAGGAGAAGAGGAACGAGAGGGUGAGACGCGAGUACCGCGUGGACAUGAAUUGGGACAUGAAAUUAGGAUAUUGUAAUAAGCGGAUCUGGGAAGAGUGAAGGAAGCUGCUAGGUAGCAAUAGAUGCAGUGGUCGAGCGAUGGUUCCGCGCUCUCGCGACCAAAGAUAGGUAAGUCAACUACCCUAGUAACG